AGUGCGUCCAUGGAUGGUCACCUUAAAAGCCGGGAGAGGCGGGGUCAACUCUGUUCCCCUUGAGCAAAAGACUAGGAGCGACCCGCCCCGCCCCUUAGUGCGCGGGGCUGAUUGACAGGCAGCACACCCACCACUACCGUCGGUAACGACGAAGAUGGCAGAGCGGCAACAACAGAAGCACGAAGGCAGGGUGAAGAUCGGCCAUUACAUUCUCGGCGACACGCUCGGAGUGGGAACCUUCGGCAAAGUGAAGAUCGGGGAGCACCAGUUGACGGGCCAUAAAGUGGCGGUGAAGAUCUUGAACAGGCAGAAGAUUCGCAGCCUGGAUGUCGUGGGCAAAAUCAAGCGAGAAAUCCAGAAUCUCAAACUGUUUCGGCACCCGCACAUCAUCAAGCUGUACCAAGUGAUCAGCACACCAACAGAUUUCUUCAUGGUUAUGGAGUAUGUGUCUGGAGGAGAACUCUUCGACUACAUCUGCAAACAUGGACGGGUGGAGGACACAGAGGCCCGCCGCCUUUUUCAGCAAAUUAUCUCAGCCGUGGACUACUGCCACCGUCACAUGGUGGUCCACAGGGACCUCAAACCUGAGAACGUCCUACUGGACGCCAGCAAGAAUGCCAAGAUUGCAGAUUUUGGUCUGUCAAACAUGAUGUCCGAUGGCGAGUUCCUGAGGACGAGCUGCGGAUCGCCCAACUACGCUGCCCCAGAGGUCAUCUCUGGAAGGCUGUAUGCGGGCCCAGAGGUGGACAUCUGGAGCUGCGGCGUCAUCCUGUACGCCCUUCUCUGCGGCACCCUCCCCUUCGACGACGAGCAUGUUCCCACGCUGUUCAAGAAGAUUCGAGGUGGCGUCUUUUACAUCCCGGAGUACCUGACCCGCUCGGUUGCCUCACUGCUGAUGCUCAUGCUGCAGGUUGACCCACUGAAGAGAGCCACCAUCAAAGACAUCAGGGAGCACGAGUGGUUCAAACAGGAUCUGCCAGGCUACUUGUUUCCUGAGGACCCGUCGUACGACGCAACGGUCUUGGACGAGGAGGCUGUCAAGGAAGUGUGUGACAAGUUUGAGUGCACUGAGUCUGAGGUUGUUUCCAGCCUCUACAGCGGCGAUCCUCAGGACCAGCUUGCGGUGGCCUAUCAUCUCAUAAUAGACAACAGGCGCAUCAUGACACAGGCCAGCGAGUUCUACUUAGCCUCUAGUCCGCCUCAAGGCUCCUUCAUAGAGGAGGGCAUGCCGCUGCCCCCCGGGGUCAAGCCCCACCCGGAGAGGAUGCCACCUCUGCUGGCUGACAGCCCUAAGGCCCGCUGUCCCUUGGACGCCCUCAACACCACCAGACCCAAACCACUGGCCGUGAAGAAAGCCAAGUGGCACCUGGGCAUCAGGAGCCAGAGCCGGCCCUACGACAUCAUGGCCGAGGUUUACAGAGCCAUGAAACAACUGGGCUUUGAUUGGAAGGUGGUGAACCCGUACCAUCUGCGAGUGCGCAGGAAAAACCCAGUAACAGGCAACCUGGUGAAGAUGAGCCUGCAACUCUACCAGGUGGACAACAGAUCCUACCUGCUUGACUUCAAGAGCAUCGACGACGACAUCACCGAGGCGGUGGGCUUCAAGUCGGGCUCGUCCACCCCUCAGCGGUCCGGCUCGACGGCGGGCCUGCACCGGCCUAGACUCAGCAUGGACUCUGCGAGCUCGGCGGUGGAGGUGCUUCAGCUCAGCUCGUCGCUGCCGGGCUCGCUGUGCGGCAGCUCGCCGACGCUCGCCCCGCGCCAGGGCUCGCACACCAUGGACUUCUUUGAGAUGUGCGCCAGCCUCAUCACCACGCUGGCCCGCUGAGGCUGGGAAAGACGGAGGGCGGAAGACGGAGGAAGACAAUCAGAUCAGAGCAAGAUUUUUGUUUGAGGUGUGGGGACUGGUGUUCCAACAAGCUGAUCCAGGAGCAGGCAGGUGAGGGCUCAGUGUCCCUUUUCACCUGAGGGAACAUCCCAACGCUGAUCAGAGGUCAGUCUGUUGUCUGAGAGAACACAUGAUGGUUAUCCAUGUAUAUUAUAUUUCUGUCACGAUGUAGCUGAACAUGAGGCACUGCAAACAAAAUCACUUUAUAUAAAUCAUACAAAUAUUUAUUUUUGGAUAGAUUAUUUCUAGGCAUUGAGCACACAUUUAUUUAAAAGCUUUUUUUUAAAUUGCUACUGGGGAGCAGAUUAUAGAAAUGAGAGUGACAGAAGGGCUGUAGUAGAUUAUUAACAUUUAUGACAGCACAGACACGCACCAUCUCUCACGCAGGCUCCAAAUAUAUCUCCAAAUCUGAUGGCAUCUUAAUAUAAAACACUUGUACUUAAUUCAAGCAAGCACGACAUUGACAAGACACAGCGACCUGUCACGUGGACAGUAAAUUAAAAGCAAGACUGCUGCUCUACUUUGAACUUCUUCAUUAUUUCCCAGUCAAAAACUAAUGAAAGUGCCCAUCACUAGAGCCUCGUGCACAUCAACGGCUCCACCCAUUUAUUUAUGCCAAUGCUGUGUUUUUAUUUUAAAAUGCAACUUUAACACUUAAACAAGCCCUGUGAGAUGGUGUGUGCAGGACUGAAGACGCCACAGAAACCUUCCUCCGGCUGCCUUAAAACAAAUGCAACCAACUCUUUAUAUAUGUUGUAUGUACCAGUAUGUGUGUAUCAUGUGACGGUUGAGGGUCGAAAGGCAAUUUUUUUGCUGAGUUUGCACACAAGACUCCCGUGUGUCUGUACUGUUGGCUGGAGCACAGUCUGCUGGUCAAGUACCACAUAGCAACACUAUUUCUGUUUCUGAAUGUGCAUUUAAUGUAAAAAUAAUAUUUUGAAAUAUAUACUCUCUGCUUUACGUUGACGGGGAGCACUCGUGCACUGUUGCCUUUCUGCUGUUAAGCGUUCCGAAAUCGAAUCGCACAAAACUGCCAGUUUGUCGUUGGAUUUUGUCAGGAGUGUUUGGGCCAUAGUGGAGGGGAAGAAGAUAUUGCAAACAGGAAGGGGUUAAGAAAAAAAAGUUGUAGUUUUCAUGACAACAGUGGUAAUGCAACAAAUGUUACUCCAAUAAAGUUUUAAAUUUGCAAAAAAAGUUGUAAUUUUUGGAGGAAACAUUGUUAUCCUACCAAAAUUAAAUUGUAAAGUUCUGAAACAAAAUAUUGCAUGUUGCAAUAUCAUGCAAAAAAAAGUUAUUCUGCAAGAAUAAAGUCAAAGUUGUGAAGGUACAAGGAGUAAGUUCCCACGAAUAAAGUCAGGACGUUGUACCUUUUGAGAAAAAAGUUGCAAUGUUACGAAAAAGAAACGUUGCAAAAUAGUCAUUUUACAAGAGCAAUGUUGUAAAGUUACAAAAACAAAGUUGUGCAUUUUGAGAAAAAAGCCGUAAUAGAAGAAGUACGUUAUGAAAAGAAAAACAAAUGUCCAGAAAUAAGUUGUAGUAGAAGAAUUAAGAAAGUGAUCGUACAUUUCGGGGAAAAGUGGUAAUAUCGCAAGAAAACAAAGUGAUGUCAUCUGACUUGUAAAGUUACAAAAAUUAUUGAAAAUUCAAGAAAAAUGUAGUAAAAAUUGUAUAUUCUGAAAGUAGUAAAUGUAAAUGUAAAUUAAUAAGAAAUGGUGAAGUUACGAAAAUAUUAGUACAAUUCAAGAAAAAGUGAUAAUAUGGCAGGGGAAAAACGCUUAUGUGCAAGUCGUAACGUUACAAAAAGAAAGUUGUAAAAAUAGAAAAAAGUCAUAAUGUCACAUGACAAAAAUUGACAAAAAACGAAAAGUAAUUUUGCCUUAUUUCUUGUAGUCAAACUUCGUAUUUUUUUCUUUUUCUGUGUGGCCCGAAUACUCCUGAGAUUCAUGAAAAAGUAAGCUAAUCAUCAUAAUCAUAAGUCAUUCAUUUACAUGAAAUCCUUCAUGUCUUCUGUUUGAUUGUAUUGCUCAACAUAUUGUACUGUUAGGUGGGGAAACCACUCCCCCAGUGGAAGGCACAUGCAACUGCACCCACACAACUUCCUGUCAGGCCUUCUGCAAACACGCAAGCAAACACACACACACACACACACACACACAGCUAUGUCCUAAAUGUCCAACAAAUUUGCAGUAUUCAGACUGAAUGGAACAAAGUCUUGGCAUGUUAGUUAUGUAAACUUGUAAAAACACAUCACAUGCAAACCGCACAUGUGCAUUGUUUAUCUGUGUUGGGCCGUCUAUGUCUUUUUGCGUUACCAGACGUUAAUGUGGGCGUCUCUGCCUGGCCGUUGGUGUUUAUGUCGUUAUGCACUGCAUGAAGUUGCUGUUAUGAUUUUUGCACUUUAAUAAGUAUUUAUUGAAAAAAUAUAACAAUAAACAAACAUACAAAAGGAAGAUGUGUUGUGAUUAUUAGUUUGUGGAGGGAAGGUCUUGGAAGGUACAUAAAAAGUAAAGAAAAUUGUGGGGUUUUUUUUGGAUGAUGUCUCUUUCAGAAGAUCCCGUAAUGCACAAUUUAAUAAUGCCUAAUACAAGAAUUCAUGUCAAAUUGCGAGUAACUGUGUGAUAGUUUGGGUAGCCACAUAAGAGGAUUAAAAUAUUAAAAAAUAUGUAAAAAUGCAUAUGAUGAUAAACAGAUUGUUGAAAACAAAUUACAAGAAAGAAAUCCGUAUGUUACGAUAAUAAAGUAUGUUUUUAGAAUGAAGUAGUAAAUAUCAUGGAAAAAGUUGCAAUAUUACACCAAAGAAGAUGCACAAGUGGAAUAAAGUAACAAUAUUAUGAGAAGAACAUUCAACAAAAACAAGUCGCAAUAUUACCCGAAAUAAGAUGAGAAUUAGCGCUGCUAAGUUACGAGAGUAACACCGGAACUUCUGAGAAAAAUAUCACAAUACUACCACAAAGGAGUUAGGUUACUGGAAUAAAAUUGUAUUUUUCAAGAAAAAAAGUGUAAAGUGGCGAUAAUGUUGUAAAGUAAAGAAAUUGAGACUACACAAAUAAAUUGUUACAAGAAUAAAGUUAACUUAAUAAUAGGUAGUCUUGUAUUUAGUCUUGUAAAAAAAGUAUUGUGAGAAAUCAACAUUUUUCACCUUUAAAUCAAAGGUUUUUGCUACCGGUCUUGUAUCGGAUGUCAUUAGAUGUGCGUUCAGUUUCCGAUCAGGCAUUCAUGUUGUAACGAAAGACGUUCACAGAUAAAAUUUGGAUGAAAAUGGAGGACAUGCUCAAACAGAAGACAGCAACUAAAGAGAAUGAUUAGUUAGGAGUAAUACAUCAAAGAUCGUAUGUGGUGAAAACACUAAAGUGGUAAAUGAUGGCGUGGUCCCAUUUCACGAUAACCAUGGAAAAAUCCAAUCCUGAUUGCAUGCGGCUUGUAGCUCCUUUUUUCCAGGGAAUCAACAGUUCAAAUUACCCAUCUUGGUUUAUUGAUUUCUCACUGAGACCAAUAACACAAAGAAGUCCAUUGCUGAGAUGGUACCACUCUCUUUAUGAAUCCACACGGUUUUAAAAAAAUAAAAGAACAGUUAUAAAAAGUCACAGUGUGAAGAAAAGUCCCAUCUUCCUGGUCUGCUGCAAACAAAAAUAAAUACGUCUUAGCAUACACUCAGUACUCAGCAGCAGGGUUGGGCAUUGUUUGAACUUGAACGAUUCCGAUUCCUCGUUUUGAUUGCGGUUCCGACGCUUUUAAAAGGCAGGGUCAUAAAAGCUUGCAUGGUUUAAACGAGGACGCUAAACAGAGUUCUUUUUGGAUCAAAUGUCUGAACUUCUCCAUGAAUUUUUAAUUAUAUGAGCUUUUCAUCAAAUUUACUAUGCAUUUCCUACAGGUCUAUUUUCAACCAGCACAAAAUAUCAAAGCAUCCAACUUGAAUGUAGAUGUUAUGAAGUUGUUGUUUUUUUUUGCAGGAGUACAUUUUCACAAAAGAUGUCUUUUAGUAGUAGUCUACUUUUAAGUAGUAUACUUUCUUUGCUGCCUCAAGGUUGCUGUAAGCUAUUUUUAAUGACACCCUUAUUUUGUUGACACAAGCAAAUGGGAGCGCUCUUAUUUUGAAGGCCGGGAAGUAUGCUGUGUGAGUUGAGAAGGUCCCUUGACUGUUACUAAUAGAGAGGGAUUGUGCAAAUGAUAAACUCGCCUAGUUAUUUACGCCAAACUUCCACAUCUGCCAACAUCCUGAAACUGUCGGUUACACUGGCAUGAGACAGACGUCAUGAACGUGUGAACAUGAAUCAUGUUGCUCGUGCACGCAUGACAUCAUUGUGUUGCAAAUGUUGCACUGAGCCGACCGCGCUUUUUGAUGAAGUUAAGCUGCUUCUUUAUUGUUAUGUUAUUCAUUAUGUUAUGUUGAGUUAUGCUGCUUCUUCAUUGGUGUUCGCGGUUAUUUUUUCUGGUCGGCAAAGUGGGCAUCGAAACUGGGAAUCGAAAUACAAAACAUUUGAACGAUCUCGGGAGAAUCACAAUGUUAGUCCUAGUUCCCAUCGAUGCUCGAGACUCUAUGCCCAACCCUACACAGCAGUGAUUAUGAUACGUCAUCCUUGCCUGUCACUCCUUGUUAACGUCGGCGUACAGCUCUGGAGGAGGUAAAAUCAGCAUGUCAGGAUGUUCGAAGCCCUCUUCCUGGAUUGAACUCGCCUGUGGCCUUGUUAAAAAAAUGAGAAAAAAAAUCAGAAUGAAUAUUAAAAUAAGUAUUCAGUAUGCUCUCUCUCAAAAAAAAGCCGAUUAAGUCAUAAAGGUACGAGAAUAAAUUCGUAAACCUUGAGAAAAAAAAGUCAUAAAAUUAUGAGAAACUCAUCCAUAUGGAACAAGCAUCGAGUAGCUAUGAGGAAUUAAGAGAAUAAAUUCACAAAAGUACAAGAAUUGACUUGAUUGAAACAGCAAAGUAUGAGAAUACAAUUGUAAACUUCAAGAAAAAACAAGAACUCCUCACACAUAGAUCGUAUAAAUAAGUGGUAACGUUACGGGAAAGUAGUCGUCAUGUUCCAGAAAAACAUUGCAAUGUUACACAAAUAAAGUCGAAAAGAUAUUAGACUUGUAAAGGUACCAGAAUGACAUUGUUCACUUUGAGAAAACUAGUUGCGAUAUUACGGAAAUAAGUUGUUGAGAAUAAAGCCACAAUAUUUCCAGAAAAAGUUGUAAUUACCACUUUUUGCACUAUUUUUUUCACUUUUUUUCUAUUGUGUUAUUUUUUUCCUCUCAUAAUAUUUUGACAAAUAAAAAAGCAUUGCAGAUAUAUAAUAUUGCAGUAGUCCUAUUAUGUUACUGUGUUAGAGCAAAUACUAAUAGACAAACAUAGUCAUUGUGUUACUCCAAAUAUGGUCAUUUCCUCAACACUCGUUCACAGUCACAAAGACUCAUUCACUUCCCGGUUGGGGACGUGUGGCAUUCCUACACAGUGCUGGCAUGCUGUCUGCAGACACGCUGAGUGUGUCUGCGUGCGUGUGUGUGUGUGUGUGUGUGUGUGUGUGUGUGUGUGUGUGUGUGUGAGACUUACUGAUGAACCACGUUUUCUCUGUGAUGUACAAGACCUGGGGAGCAACCACAAGUUAAUGACUGCUCGUGACACCUGACAAACAACGAACCUCACAGGAGGGUUCCAUGCUACUGAAAUAUUCAUUUACACACUGAAUAAUGAACAUGAGCAUUGUUAUUGUUGUUUAGGCAGAAUGUGUCAUAAGACUUACGCAGGUGUACCUAAUGUUAUGACUGGUGAGUGAGUACCGUGGAAUAUAAAAUGUAAACUUUGUCCAGAAAACACUUCUUCCCUCUCUAGGGACGUCUGCUAUCGACAAACAGUGUGCAGAUAUGUGAAGUGGUUCUCCUCACAAACAAGCUGAUGUUUAUCUAACACACACACACAUACACACACACACACACACAAAACCACAUUUGACACAGAUACACACACACACACACACACACAAGACCACAUCACACAACGGGAGCUUGUUCAUUUUUGCCCUUCUUCUUCCCCAAGAAGACUUUCAAUGAGUUUCAAUUAGCUUGGAAAAGCUGUUGUUUGUGUUUUUGAGGCGGUGGAGUGUGUAGACAUAUCUGACUUGUCCAAACACGCCAUGUCAAAACAAGAACACCAGCGAUCGUCACUGAUACCUCAGACAAGUGCAAGUACACGAGUAGCACUCGAGCUAGCUGAGUUCGAAGGUUCCAGCAGUCUCCAAUUCCUAUUUAGUGUCAGUCUUAGAUCCUGGAUAUGACAGGAGCACUCUACUACUGCAAAAACGCUAGCCAAAGAUCCUCCAUAUGACAGUUUCUUUCUUCUUCACUGUCUACUUUUUAGGGAUCAUCGUUUUUCAUGCAACAAGACAGGAUCUUAAUAUUUUGGGCAAAGAUAUGAUUUUUGAGGCAUUACUUACUUGUUUGGUGUUCAGUGACGCUGUAAAAAAAAUAAAAUGUAUUAAUAAAUAAAUAAAAUACAAAUAAAUUUUAAAAAAUGUAUUAAAAUGUUAUUUGCAUUGUUUUGUUGUGACGGUGUGGCAUUGUGUUACAUUGUGUUUCAUUGUGUUGCCUAGUGAUACUUGUACAUUGUGACAGUGUUCCAUCAUGUUAUAUCGUGCUCCAUUGUGAUGUACUGUGUUUAGGGAUGCUCCGAUCCAUCGGCCACCGAACAAUAUAGUCCCAUUUCCGUGGAAAAGCACGUGAUCGGCGUAUGCCGAUAAAUGCCUUUCCACACCCAUCACAAAAGCCCAUCACCUCUGGCUAGUACGCCUUGGAGAAGCGUCCCCGCCCACUUUCCUUACACUGUGCAGGCCUGCCAAAGCCAAACAUACCUGCCAUUUGUGAGAGCGAUAUCAAAUGAAAAACAUGCCUCACAUGGGUAGCACGUUAAAAAGCUUUAAUUUAAUACGCCAUUUGAAGAACAAACACAUGACAGAGUAUGGUGAGUUUUCGAGGCUCACGAUGUCAUCAUCAGUCAAAGGGCGGCUAACGCAGCCAAAAUGGUGGACAACACUCGCCCGUGUGUGCCUGACAGUCAGAGGCUAAGCAAAUAACCUUGGAAAUAACUGAAUUCAUUGGACGAGAUGGCCAGCCUGUCAGCAGUGCCGACAGCUCUCUCACUUGGAGCCCCGCUGCAUGAUACCUGGAAGUCCUGCUAGAACGCCAUCAAACUACGAACUCUCCCAUCCAAACUGUCCUUAAAGAAGGCGUCUCAUCCUCCGUAACUCAUCCUCUCAUCCUCACCCCCCCCACCUUUUAUUUUUUAAUAGUUACCUAUUUUUGGGGCCUGUAUUGGCCGAUUUCACUUCUAUCGAAGAUAAUCGGCAGCAUAAAACCCUGAUCGCAGCAUCCCUAAUUGUGUUGCAUUGUGUUACAUUGUGAUACAAGAUACAAUGUGUUGUAUUGUGGUACAUUGUAACACAUUGUGCUACGUUAUGACAGCGUUCCAUUGUGUUACACUGUGAUACACUUUCUUUUACUUUGCUUUACUUGACUUUAUGACAGUGUUACAUUGUACAUUGUGACACAUGAUGCUAUGUUGUGACAACGAUACAUUGUGAUACAUUAUGACAGUGUUACAUUGUGUUCUUGUGACAGUGUGACAUCGUGUUGCAAUUUGCUGCAUUGUGACACAGUGUGUUGUGUUGUACUACGCUGUGAUAAUCUUGCUACGCUGUGUCGUGUUGUGUUACAUUGUGUUGCACAGUCUGACUGUGUGUUCAUGUGUAAACUGUGUUACAUUGUGUUGCUGCAGGCCUACCCGGCAGUCGGCUGUACAGUUUUUGGCGAACGGAAAAAUGUGGUCAACUUUUGAAGUGCUUCAUUUUUGGCUCUGAUGAAAAGAUAAUAUAUGACAUGAUAUUAUUUUCAUGAUACGCAGUAUGAUAUACAGUAUUUGUACUUAAUGUGUUAAAGUAAGCGUGUCAACUCACUGUUCAUGGGCUCCGCCUGCACUGACGUCACUGUGACUGUGCUGGUGGUUCACAUGGAGUUCUGGGUUGCCUUGGAGAACAUAAAGCCAAUAUUGGGAAUAAACUUUAUUGAACAGUACAACCUGCUGCUUAUACGACACAAUUCCUGUUUACGCCAGCAGUGAGUCACAUGUCUGUCUGUCUCUCAAAGACACAACACACUCAGCCAGCUGAGAUAUUUGAUGAAGUUGGAGAAAAUGGAGAAAGUGGUCAACAAUGCACGCUGGCUUUCUUACCUACGUCCGGCAGGGAGAAUGCACGGCUGUGGAUCCUGCAGAUGGACACAUAACAGCAUUGAGGGAUGAAAGACAAAAAAAGACAAACGCCACGUCCAACAAUAACUCACACGGCAUCUGGGAGGUACACAACUGCGUUGGUUGGAGAUGGGAAAGUCUCGUCGUCGUCUGCCGCCCAUUCCUCGCUGUCAUCUGAAACUGAACACGCCAAACAUGAAAAAGUUGUGUGCAGUCACUUUGUAAUGAAGAAGAAACACUUACAGCUUUCUGCUGAGUGUGGGAAGUGAUUUGCAAUGCUGGAAAAAAUGGAAAAAUCAUUAAAAACA